AUGCAUUUAAUUCGACGACAAUGGCUUGUUUUGUUAUUUUCGUCCACAAUAUUAACGGUCUUUGUAAAAGCAACGACAAAACAAUCUACUCAUGGCUUGAUCAAUCUCUUGGAACGAAGACUACCUGCUCAUGUUAAUGACUUUGAGUUUCAAAUACAUGGUAAUCAUACAUUAGGAGUAACGAAUGAUGAAUAUGCUUUAUCUCAAACUGCCGCAGGAAAGAUCUUGAUUGAAGGCAAUUCACUGAGUGGUAUUGCUACUGGGUUACGCAAAUACUUCACGGACAAUUUGCAUGUAGAUAUCUGGUGGUAUAUUGGUUCUCAAAUACAUCUUGCUCCCGAACGUUUACCGACUCUGAAUUCUACCUUGAAAGGAUCAAGUAUUGUACCAUGGCGUUAUCAUUUCAAUACCGUAACUUUCUCAUACCAAGCCGCUUUUUGGACUUGGGAAGAUUGGGAACUUCAAUUAGAUUGGAUGUCCCUUCACGGUAUUAAUCUCUCUCUCGCAUGGGUAGGUUAUGAGAAAACAUUACUUACCACACUCCUCACAAUCGGCCUCACUACAGAUGAAAUACUUUCAUUUUUCUCCGGUCCUGCCUUUCAAGCUUGGAAUCGAUUUGGUAAUAUUCAAGGAUCCUGGGGUGGUACCAUUCCACUUGCUUGGAUUGAAGAUCAACAUCUCCUUCAAAAGAAAAUUGUACAAAGAAUGGUAGAAUUAGGUAUUACACCUGCUUUACCUGCUUUCACUGGCUUUGUACCAAGAGAAUUGAGAAGGGUAGCUCCUAAUGCAAAUAUCAUCAAUGGAAGUGAUUGGGGAAAUCUUUUCCCAGUCGAAUAUUCAAAUGAUACAUUUCUUUACCCAACCGAUCCUCUUUUUACAACUCUGCAGCAUACAUUUCUGAAAAUUCAAUCCGAAUAUUUUGGAAAUAUCUCUCAUGUCUAUGCACUCGACCAAUUUAACGAAAAUAUUCCCGCGUCUGAGAAUCUCUCAUAUCUAGGCGAAAUAUCACGUGGAACUUACGAAUCUCUUCAAUCCUUCGAUUCAAAUGCUAUUUGGAUGUUACAAGGAUGGCUUUUCUAUGCCGCUUCAUCAUUUUGGACACAAGAGAGAGUCGAAGCUUACCUUGGUGGUGUUCCAAAGAAUGAGAGCAUGUUAAUACUUGACCUCUUCUCUGAAUCAUUUCCAGAGUGGGAAAAUACAAAUCAAUAUUAUGGAAAACCAUGGAUUUGGUGUCAACUACAUGGUUAUGGUGGUACUGCUGGUAUAUAUGGUCAGAUAUAUAAUGUUACAAACUCUUCGAUUGAAGCAUUUCGAAAAUCGGAUAAGAUGAUUGGAAUGGGAAAUACGAUGGAAGGACAAGAUGGUAAUGGGCUGAUGUAUGAAUUACUUUUGGAUCAAGCUUGGAAUUCUACCCCUAUUGAUACCAAAGAUUACUUCAAAGCUUGGGUAGCAAAAAGAUAUCAUACCGCUGGAUAUAAGGAACUGCCCUCAGAAAUAUACUCAGCAUGGGACAUUCUCCGCACAACAGCUUACAACAACACAAAUCUGACUCUUGCAGAUAGUCUUCCGAAAUCUUUAUUCGAAAUGCAACCUAACAUUACCGAAAACCAUGGAAGAUUGGGCCAAUCCUUGACAAUCGAUCUUUAUGAUCCUGUUGAUCUAUUUCGAGCAUGGAGAUUAUUAUAUAAUGCAUCGCUAUUGGUUCCAGAACUUUGGGAUGAUGAUGGAUGGAAAUUUGAUAUUGUGGAUAUUACAAGACAAGUACUUGCGGAGAGAUUUAAAUUGGAAUAUGUGGAUUUGAUUGAGAGAUAUACAGCGGGGAUUGGAUUUGGAGAGACGAGUGAGAUGCUAAUUGGGAUUUUGAAGAGUCUGGAUGCUGUUCUAUCUACUUCUCCUCAUUUCAGGUUGGAUACUUGGGUGAAUGCCGCCAUUUCUUCUUCGCCAGACUAUUUUACAGAUGCUUCUCUUCGUUCAUCUCAUGAUUAUUCGAAAUCAAAUCUUACCCAAACUCAACAUUUCUUCGCCUACAAUGCUAUUAAUCAGAUUACCAUCUGGGGACCGGCAGGAGUAAUUAAUGAUUAUGCAUCUAAAAGUUGGGGAGGUCUUGUAAGUGGAUAUCUUUUGAAGAGGUGGAAGAUAUUUUUCGAUUAUAUUGGGAAAGUAGAGUUUGAAGAAUUCAAUGCAACAGAAGUUGCAAGCAGAUUGGGGGAUUUUGAGUUGGGUUGGCAAUGGAAUGGUUGGGUUGGCAUUUUAGAGGGUGAUGGAGAGGGUGAUGGAGAGGGUGAUGGAGAGGGUGAUGGAGAGGGUGAUGGAGAGGGUGAUGGAGAGGGUGAUGGAGAGGGUAGGAAUUUGAAAGAGUUAAUUGAGAAGUUAAUGGAAGAACUUGAGUAG